AUGUCCCAUACAGAGUCUGAGUCCUCACGCGAUGCGGAGAGGCACAGCAGACAUCAACAUUCUGCUAGUGUCGACUUCCGGUCGCGGGCCCUUGUUCCCAUGUGGGACAGCUCCGACCCAGAGCGCGCGCCGCCGCCAUUGCCGCUCAACCCCCAGUCCCCCAAACUCACAUCGCGUACCGGCACCUCCAGCGCUAUCCAGUCCGCCCAUGCUGCCCUCAACGAGCGAGCCCGCGAGAGCGCCAACACCCACAAUCCCGGCCGACGCCUAGACGGCUCCCCAGAGAGAUCCCUCGUCAAAGGCGGAAGCCAUCGGCGCAUGCAGUCGAUGCAGCCCGGUGGUGUGCGCGAUCGUAGUUGGAUGAUUGAGCAGAGCUCGAGCCGUCCUUGCACGCCUACCGAGUCUAUUGCCUCUUCAGCUCCGCCUGCGCCUGGCCCUAGCCUGACACCGAUUGUCCGACCUGCGCCUAGGCGUCAAGCAACUCAGAGCAUCCUGGGCGAGAACACACCACCUGCCUCGUCUACUAUGCUUGCGCUGCAGAGCAUGUCAUCCCAAUCUUCCCUCAAAGAGGCAGAGCCUCUGUCAAAGGUCACAAAUGGCUCAACCUCACCGGGCAAGUCCCAAAACGCUCUGGAAGGGGUGGCAUCCCAGCUGGCCAGCCUGACAAACAUUGCCAGUGCACUACAAAAAGAAAUGUCCGCACUCACUCGACGCAGCAGAGACAAUGCCACGGACCUGCUUAGUCUCAAGGAGGCUACUACCACCAGAGAUGAAGACAUUCGAAAAAGCAUACGAGACUUGGUUGGCCGCGUUGAUGACCAAACCAGCCGCCUCUCGAUUACCUCGCUGAAUAAUCUCCUGCUCGACAACAAACCUCACCCCGCAUCUCCUCAAACUCGUUCAAUUCAUCUCCCCAGGAUACCGUCACCCAAGAGCUUUGCUGAGUCCAUUGAUCGAGGGUCAGUUAGCACCCCCUCGCUGGCCGGAGGCGAAGCUCCUGCCUCUGUCAUUCUGCUGGAAAGAAUCCUUCGCGGACUUGGUACAGCUGACGGCGAAAAGUCUCUCGUAGGCUUGCUUGUGCAGCUGUCCCAGAAGCUCUCUGGUAUGGCAACCUCAACCAAGGUUGACGAACUGGCCCAAUAUGUCCGCAAUCAAACUCAGGCUGCGAUGGCCCAGGCGGCCGCAAACAACACCCGACCCAUGAGCUCUAGCGGUUUAGAACUCGAUCUCCCCCGUGGCGGUAUGGCACAACGCAUGGAGCAUUUUCUCCAAAACGGUGACGGCCGCCGCUCGUCUGCCCCCGGAAACAGAGGCGCCGAGCUGUUGAACGAUGAUCUUCUUAAAAUAAUCCGCUCCGUCAAAGACAGCGUCGCGCAAGGCGGUGGACUGACGGCCGAGGUUAAGGCGCUGGUUCGUGAACUUCGCGGCGAGGUUCUCGGUAUGGGCAGAGAAAUCGCUAAACGCCUGGAAACCAUGGAUUCUGCCCCACGAGGAGAGGAGGAACCCGACCACGAUAGAAAGGAUGAAGUGUCACGAGUCAUUGACAAAGGCCUUCUGCAGAUGAAGGAGCAACUCAACAACGUUCUACGCGAGCACCGCCGACAGUCUGCAUCUUCAGCUUCUUCCCAGAAGACCGCGGUUGAUUACCAAGAAAUCUACAAUGCCAUGCGCGCAGCUCUGCGAGAUAACGAGGCGACUCGGGGCGAGAUGCCGGAUCUCAGCCGCGAGGAUGUCAUUGAGGCUGUGCGCGAUGCUUGGGAAGCUUACAAGCCAGAAGUGGAUGUCGGCAAGUCUGCUCUCGAGCGCGAGGAUAUCAUGGAUUGCCUGAAGCAAGGUCUUCAGGACUACCAGCCCCAGGACGAGCGCCCCCCUGCUGCGACGAGAGACGAGGUAUUCACCGCCGUUGUGGAAGGUUUGAAGCACUUUGUGCCUCCUCAAAUGGAUACCCCUGCUUCAAUGUCUAGGGACGAGAUUAUUGAAGCUGUUCGAGACUGUCUUGAGGAAUUCGAGUUUCCUGUCGCUCCUGCUGCUAUUGGCAACGGCAGUGACAUGACUCACCAAGAUGUCGUUCACGCUGUCAAAGAAGGACUUAGUGGGUUCGAAGUCCCGCGGGGCGGUAAUCUUUCCAGCGAGAGCAAUGAGGAGAUCAUGGGUCGCCUCCAGGAUAUUGUGCAAUACAUGAAACUCGAAUUUAGAGCUGUCUCGGAGGAGGCAAAGGACAAUGUUGCAGCCCAUGGACGUGACACAGAACAGGUCCUCGACGCCACCAAGGAUGGUCUGGAAGCCCUUCGGGCAUCUAUUGAGAGCUACGUUGACCGCCUUUCUGGCGAUUCCGACAAACCGCAGCUCAUGGAAAUGCUCGCGACAACCAUGGAGGAGUUCAAACAAGACGUUGGCAGAGUUAUUGCGGAGGCCAACGAUAGCUCCCGAAGUCAACUCCAGAGCGAGCUGGAAGGCAUUCGUGAGAUUGUCAACACGUCGAUGAUUCCGGCUACUCCCCAGGGAUCCAACAAGGACCUCAUGGAAGCCCUUCAAAAUGGCAUCAAUGGCCUUCGCCAGGACAUCCACCGGCCACGUGCCGAAACCAGUGAGAUUUUGGAUGCCAUCAAUGAUGGUCUGAACGACCUCCGCGCAGGGAUUGACCGAGUUACCCACAAGCCUGCGGAUCUUACUGCAAACGACGAAAUCUUGGAUGCUCUCAAGGCCGGUCUCGACUCUGUUCGAUCUGAUAUCGAAACGCUCCGGGAAAACAGCAAUGACCGUGCAGUUGCAGCGCUCCCUCGAGAAGUAGAGGACACAACGACAGCCAUCAUUCCCGUUGAUGCGGCUAAGCAAGACGACAUCAAGAAUCUUGAGGUCCUCAUCACCCAGCUGCGCAUCAAGGUAGAAGCAAUGGAGCCCGAUACAGAGACUGUCCACAAGGAUGACAUUGCUCGCCUAGAGGACAUGCUUCGAAAUGUGCAAGAGGGUGUGGACAAUAUCCACGCUCAGGAAGCUGCUGCCUCGGCUAGAUCUGUCGCGGAGGAGGACACCACGCCCACCAAUGGUGAUGCCGCUACCAAGGACGAUGUAGUGGCUAUUGAGACUAUCCUCCGCAACACUAAGGACCGCCUCGACGAUCUGGUCGAAGGAGACCAAGCAGUGCGCAAGGAGCACAUCGAUGCGAUCUCGGCCUUGUUGACUGAGCACAAAGAUGCUAUCACGGCCUUUUCCGGACACUUGGAAGGUGUCUCUCUCAAGACAGAUGUGGCAAACUUGGAAGAACUCAUCGCCCAAGUUAUCAUUGGAAUCGAUGAUCUCAAGGAGGCCUCUCCAAAAGAUGUUCAAGAUGACGAACGUGUUAAAAAAUCCGACGUUGAAGCCAUCGAAGCCCGCGUUCUUGAAAUCAAGUCUGCUCUUGACGGUCUUUCUGAUAUGGACUUUGCAGCCAUUUCCAACAAGGAGGAUGUUUCUGGACUGGAGGCUCUGAUCAAAGAAGCGAAGGAAAAGCUCGAUGAGUAUGCUGAUACCUCUACGAAAGCUUUGGAAGAUCGCCAAGCCGAGAUCGCCGGCAUUAGCGAGCGCGUGGGCGAAGUGAGAACCUUUUUAGAGGAAUUUCAGGAAGCUGUUCAGACCAAGCUCGAUGACGGCGCUACUGGCGUUGAGGCUCUUGGCAAAGUUCUCGAGACAAUUGGCGAGAAGAUUGACAAGAACGAAAACGUUGGCGAUGACCUCAAGGAAAUGUUUGAAACCAUGAAGUCUGAAUUCGAAGUCUCCAAGGAGGUCGUCGCCGGCGCAAGACUCGAAUCUGAUGAGAAGCUCCAGGAAGCCACCGACAAUAUUGCCUCCAAGAUUGACGAAAAGAUUGGCGAACUCAUUGCCAAGUACGAUGAAUACCAGGCCCAGCUUGACGAAAAGGCGCAGGCUGGAGAAGAGCGCAACGUUGAGAUUGGAGCCGCUGUCGUUUCCACCAAGACCAUUUCCGAGGAGCUGAAGCUGUUGGUUGACACGCUAGGCUCUGCAGUUACGGAAUCUCUGGAAAAGAUGGAAGAAGCCUCCAAAACCGUCUUCGAAAAGGUCGAGGAGCUGGCUUCCAAGUCUGGUGAAGCAGAAUCGGGAGGCAAACUUGAGCAUCAACAGACUCGUGACCAGGUCCAGGCCGCUGUCUCUGCUGUGGAGGGCCUGCAAGGCGAGAUGAAAGAAUACCAACCCCAGAUCCUCGAGGCCGUCAAAGACAUCCUUCUCCUGGUUGGUGAACAUUUUGAGCACUCCAAGUCGUCAGCCAGCGAUAUUCACGACAAGAUUGCUGAAGUAAAGCCUUUCGACCAAGCUAUGCUCCCUCCGCCGCCUGAGAAGUAUGACGAUUCCGAGGUCAAGGAGAAGCUUAGUCUUCUUACUGACCAAAAAUACGACGACUCGGAGAUCCGUGAGAAGCUUGACCGUCUUGCUGAGCAAAAGUACGAUGAUACUUGUCUGCAUGAGAAGCUGGAUAGACUAGCCGAUCAUCACGCAUCCACUGCUGCUGCGUUUGCUCACCUCGAGACACUAGACAAAGUUCACCAGACGGUGAGUGCCAACUCGGCGCAGCUGUCUGAAUACCUCUCCAACCAGACCCAACGGAUUGCCGAUGAUCACGAAGACCGUGAAAAGACUCUACAAGAUACUUGUCUCGCUCUCGAACGCAAGCUUGCGGAGCAGGAACAUCUUACUGCAAUAGUCGCUAGUCUGCAAGAGGAGGAAAUCAGAAUGAAGCAGAGCGUUGUCAGCCUACGCACUGAGCAGGAGAGCUUGAUCCGCCAGCGCACGCGCCUGACAGGAGAUGUUUCUUCUCUUGAGACAGCUCUGCGCCUCCGCAAAGAGGAGCUGGCAGAUAUGGAGGCUAGAGCAGAACGUCUGGAGCGGCGUAUCGUGGAAGGUGUCAUGGACCACUCUCGAGUACUUCUGAUGAGCAAGAGCGCUUCAAGUGGGCGUGACAACAUGAAUAGAAAGAGAGUCAAGAAGCAAGUCGCUGGAGAGGGUGAGUCUAAGCCAUCACCGAGACCAGCUGUCGUCAAUCUGGCGCUCUCCACGCGACGCAGUCUUGCCCCGGCGGCACAGAACGGAGCUGCGCGACGUAUUGCAUCGCUCAGCCAGAUGACACCCAGCAAUUCUUCCUCGUCUGUUAAGAGAAGCCAGAGUGUGCGCACUCCUGGUGUCGGAUCCGCGCACAGGAAGAGGAGCUGGGGUGGUGCUCUGGGCAAGGGCUUCGGCCUCGAGGAUAAAGAGAAUGUCUGUGUUGAUGAGUCUGUGGAAGAGCUAUCCGAGGUUGGCAGUAGAGCUGUCUCUCGAGAAUUGGCCUUGCAGGGACGCAACAGCUUUGCAGGCACGGAGUUAUCGUCGCUGCUAGACUCUGCGAGAGAGGAGGACGAGGAGGAUGAGUUGAGGGAAGAGGAUGAGUUGAGAGAAGAGGAGGAAGAAGAAGAAGAAGAAGAAGGGGAAGACGGACACAGCGAUGCAGACACAAUGCGAAGAACCAGCGGUGGCACGACAAUUGUGUCAAGCAGCGACGUCUAUACUGAAUCCGACAUGUACAGCGAUUACUCUGACACGGCAAGUGAAUGGACAUCGUUGGUCGCUGGCACGAGGAGCUCCAUUGGAACCGAAGAGGGGAAUGAGCUGACACUUCACAAUGAAGGCAACUAA